AGACACUCUGCUGUAUCAUGUCGUCUUAGUUUGGCUCCGCAGACAGUACCCGCCGCAGCAAACAUGUUGUUCCGGUAUAAAUCUAGCCGUUGUGCCCCUCUGAAGCUGGUCCUUUGGUUCGUGGCGUGUCUGGGAUGUUUGCCGGUCCGAUCCGGAGCGCAGGAGGACAGCAGCAGCAGGCUCUGGUACCAGGACCUCUGCAGUUAUAAAUGGGAAGCUAUAGAUCAGGAUAACAAAGUGAGCUACACAUUGAAGCUCUGCGAGUCAUCACCAUCAACCAGCUGUGGCCCCAGCACCGCCGUCUGCGCUCAGAACCUCACCACCGCCACCAGACAGUCUGUCGGUGAGCUGUCCCUGCAGAGGCUCUCCGAGACAGUGCUGGAUUACAACAGCACAGAAAAAUGUCCAGGAAGCGACAGCAACAUACAGACCAGCAUCAGCUUUCAGUGUGGGAAAACCAUGGGGACUCCGGAGUUUGUCGCUGUGUCUCAGUGUGUGCAUUACUUUGAGUGGAGGACCUACACCGCUUGCAAGAAAGAUAAAUUCAAGCCACACAAAGAGGUGCCCUGCUACGUGUUUGACUCAGACGGUAAGAAGCACGACCUCAACCCGCUGAUCAAAGUGAACAAUGGCUAUCUGGUGGACGACGGCGACGACAGCAUCGACUUCUACAUCAACAUCUGCCGUAGUCUCAACCAUCCAGACAAAUCCUGUCCGGAGGGCUCUGCAGCUUGUCUGGUCACCAGUCAUGGCUCCUAUAACAUGGGCUCUCCUACCAGCCCGCUGGAGCUGGUGGACAGCGACAGUCUGAGGUUACACUAUGAACUGAGCGCCGGUUCAUCUCCUCCAGAAAUCUGUAAGGGACACAAUCCUGCCGUCACCAUCACUUUGACCUGUCCAUCGAGCAGACAUUCGGGCAGUCCUCCUAAGAUGACAGCAGAGUCGAACUGUCGUUACGAGGUGGAGUGGGUGACGGAGUACGCGUGUCACAGAGACUAUCUGGAGAGUCAUACCUGCAAACUGACCAGUGAACAGCAUGACAUCUCCAUAGACCUGACACCUCUCGCCUUGAGCUCUUCAGACCAUCCGUACUAUGCACAUUCUGAGUCCAGCGACGGGGCUGAAAGCUACGUCUACUACCUGAGCGUGUGCGGGCAGAUCCUCAACAAUGAAUGUGGCGACUACCCGUUUAUAUCGUCCUGCCAAGUGAAGAAGAACAGCGACGUGAAGAAAGUGGCUGGAAGAAGUCAGAACCAGACUUUACGUUAUUCAGAUGGAGAUCUGACUCUGAUCUACCCAGAUGGCGACAGAUGCUCCACCGGCUUCCAGAGAAUGACUAUCAUCAACUUUGAGUGCAACAAGAAUGCAUCCAACGGGGGCCGAGGGAAUCCAGUUUUCGCGGGAGAGACGGACUGCACUUAUUACUUUGAUUGGGAGACAGCCUUCGCCUGCGUCAAGGAGAAGGAGGAUCUGCUGUGUCGGGUCAGAGAUGGCAACAAACACUAUGACCUUUCACCCCUGACGAGAUACCCUGGGGCAGAUGUCAGUGGGAACUGGGAGGUGGUGGAUGCCAACUCUCCAAAGCCGGACUCACGUUUCUACCUGAAUGUCUGUCACAAAGUCAUCCAGAGAGGAGGCGCCGCUGGCUGCCCGGUGAAUGCCUCCAUCUGUGCUGUGGAUAAGGAUCGUGGGGUCAUCAGCCUGGGCAGCUUCCUCUCAUCUCCCCAGAAGGCAAAAGUUGGAAAUGACAUCAAACUGGUGUAUACUGAGGGAAGUUUCUGCAUGAAUAAAAAAACAAGGAUCCAAACUAUCGUGACCCUCAAGUGCAAACCAGGAGAUCUUGAGAGCGCUCCCGUCCUUCGCAGCAUUUUGUCUGAUGGAUGUGUGUAUGAGCUGGAGUGGUACACUGCUGCCGCCUGCGUCCUCUCGAAAACACAGGGAGACGACUGCAAGGUGCAGGACUCUCAGGCUGGAUUCUCUUUCGACCUGUCGCCUCUCUACAAAGACGGAGGCUUCUACAACCUGACCAGUGGAAGCUAUGACUACUACAUCAAUGUUUGUGGUCCUGUCGAAACCACAUACUGUCCUGAAAAGCCCGGAGCGUGCCAGGUCGAAAAGAAUUCUUGGAGUCUUGGGGAAGCAAACUCUCGUCUGUCUUACUACGACGGUCUGAUCCAGCUGACCUACAGUAACGGCUCCCAGUACAACAACAAAGAACACACCCACAGAUCCACGCUCAUCUCCUUCCUUUGUGACCCAGAAGCUGGAGCUGGAAAACCAGAAUUCCAAGUUGAAGACAAGUAUACGUAUAACUUUCGCUGGUAUACAUCCUACGCAUGUCCCGAAAGGCCCCAUGAGUGUUUGGUGACAGAUCCCAACACUCUCGAGCAGUACGACUUAUCCAGCCUGUCUCGCUCCAGUAGAAACUGGGAGGUUAUGGAUUUGUCUGACAGCAUGAACAAGAAGAAGUACUACAUCAACAUAUGUCGGCCUAUCAGCCCUGUGCCACACUGCGACCGUCACGCGUCUGUCUGCCAGAUGACGUACAUAUCUGAGCAGGGCUCUCCGAAGGAAGUUGUAUCAGUCAGUAACAUGGGUAUUUCCAAGCGAGGGCCCAUCAUUGAGGAACGGGACCGGCUGCUGCUGGAGUUCACAGACGGCUCUGUCUGCAUGUCCGACGGCCAGAAGCUCACAUAUACAACGCGCAUCCACCUGGUCUGCUCCAGAAGAGCCUUGUCUGCGGGCCCACGGUUCCUCAUGUACCAGAACUGUACUGCCAACUUCAUGUGGGAGACCAAGGCAGCCUGUGCCAUCAGAACCACCAAGAACAAUAGCUGCUCUGUUGUGGACCCCAACACUGGCUUUGAGUUGAACCUUCAGCUUUUGGCUUCCAAGACUGGAUACAGGACAAAUGGGAAUGGGAAGGACUUCCUGGUGAAUAUCUGCUCAGAGGUGGCACAAUGUGGAGAUGGCAUGGCUGGCUGUGAGCUGGAAGGAGGGCGCCCCAUCAGUCCAGUGGGGGUGGAGAAGACCCUCCAGUACUCCUCUGAUGGCCUGCUCAAACUGAUAUAUAAGGGACCUUUGGAUGAUCCCACAGCGACUCGGGACACCUUUACCAUUAAUUUCGUGUGUGAUCCAAACUCUCACCCUGGCUCAUUAAAACUGCUGCGAGAGGAGUUGAGCUCUCUGCCCAGCCAUGUGGUCCAUGAUGUCCUCUUUGAGUUCUCCACUGCUCUGGCCUGCAUCCCUGCUCCAGUUGACUGCAAGUUUAGUGACACCCAUGGAAAUAAGUAUGACCUGAGUCACCUCAUCCGGAACGGCGAUGACAGCCCCUGGAUUGCCAUAGAUACGAAUACAGACAAAUCUCACAAGUUUUACAUCAAUAUCUGCGAACCCCUCCCCCCUGUGCCCAACUGUCCAGUGGGUCCUUUGGGUGCCUGUGGUGUGAUUGAUGGGAAGAGUUACAACCUGGGAUACGUCCAGUCCGCGCCGCAGGUGGCGGAGGGCGGCUCCAUCAGCAUCAUGUAUCAGAACGGAGACCAGUGUGAUUCCACAUCCCGCUAUUCAACACGCAUCAUCUUACAGUGUGACGACAGCCCAGGCUCGCCCAUGUUUGACCGUAAAGAUGGUUGUGAGUAUGUCUUCAUCUGGAGGACAUCGGAGGCCUGCCCAGUCAGGAAGUCUCAAGGUGAUGACUGUCGGGUUCAUGACCCCAAGAGUGGCUACGAGUUCAACCUGAGCUCUCUGAAGGGAAGAGAUUACCCGAGCAGGGUUGGUAAGUACAUCUACCACCUGUCGGUCUGCGGGGGGCUCCAGAGAGACGUCUGCACCCACAAAGACACAGGCCUCGGGCUGGUCUCAUCCUGCCAGGUGGACGGAAACAACCACAAGAUCGCAGGAAUGGCAAACCAGUUUCUUAGCUAUGUGGGAGACCAGAUCAUCCUGAACUACACCAACGGAGAGACCUGUCAUAAAGUAUACAACAGGUCAACAGAGAUUUACUUCUCCUGCGACCCUGACAGGCAUCCUGGAGCACCACAGUUUAUCAAGGAGACUCCAGACUGCACCUACAUGUUCAACUGGCCCACCGCUCUGGCCUGCAUCCCAGUCAAAACCACCAGCUGCUCCUACAAUGACGAUCAGGGCCACUCGUACGACCUCUCCCCUCUGGCUCUGGACUCUUGGAACUGGGAGGUGGAGCCUUCUACUGUGGACACCCAGAAACGAUUCUACAUUAAUGUCUGCAGGUCGCUGGUUCAGCAGCAAGGUUCGUGGAAGUGUCCCUCCAGUGCGGCGUCCUGUCUGAAGUCCGGAGAUGAAUAUGCGAGUCUGGGUCAGGUGGAGUCUGGUCCUACGCUGGAUGGAAAUAUCCUGAAGCUGCAGUACACCAGCGGCCACGGCUGUCCCGAUGGAAAACGCAACAAGAGCAGCAUCAUCCGCUUCAAGUGUGACAAAGACAGAGUGGACUCCCGGCCUACUCUGAUCUCUGCCCUUGAGGAUUGUGUCUACACCUUCCUGUGGUUAACAGCUGCUGCCUGCCCUCUGAACAGCACUCAACACGACAACUGCAUGGUCACCAACCCAGCUACAGGUCAUUUGUUUGAUUUGAACACCCUGUCAAAGGAAGGUGGUUACACUGUCUACGAUCAUCAGGAGCACAGGAAGAUGUUCCGCAUAAACAUCUGUGGAAGCGUGGCCAACACUGGUUGCAACCCUGAAAGCGCUGUGUGUAUUAAGGACGCCAGCACAGCGGUGAGCGGUGGUCAGGUGAGCAGGAAACUUGCAUACAAGGAUCAUGUUGUGGAGCUGACGUAUGAAGGAGGAAGUCCCUGCCCGGCAAACCCCGACCUCAAACACAGCACCAUCAUCCACUUUAUCUGCAGGCCGCCUAACAUGGGCUCCGCCCCCCCAGAGCCAGUCCUCAUUGACUCAGAUGCUGAAACCUGCACACACUUCUUCUCUUUCCACACACCCCUGGUCUGUGAGCAGCCUGUAAAAUGUUCAGUCCGGAAUGGCUCUGCUACCAUAGACCUGACUCCUCUGAUUCAUGUCAGUGGAUACUACACAGCAACAGAUGAGGCAGUGGACCAAAGUGAUGGGUCUCCAGACUUCUACAUUAACGUCUGUCUGCCUCUGAACCCUAUCCCCGGGGUCACCUGUCCCCCUGGAGCUGCCGUCUGUUUGGACCCUGAUAAUGGACCACCAGUGGACAUUGGACACACUACCAAUGGUCCUGAGAUCAACAGUGCAACAGGGAAGGUGUUCAUCACCUAUUCCAGCUCCACCAAGUGCGUCGCUGACCCUGCACAGAACUACAGUUCAACGAUUAUCUUUACCUGUCAGAGAGGCCUGGAGCUGGGCUCUCCACAAAUGCUGGGGCUGCAGGGAUGUGUGUAUUUGUUUGAGUGGGCGACACCUGUGGUCUGUUCAGAUGCCACCAACACCAGCGGCUGCCGGCUCACUGACUCCCAGCUCCAGUUUACCUUUGACCUUUCGGCCCUUACUGGUGAAGUCCAGGUGCCAGGACCCUCCGGCACCUACCACAUCAAUGUCUGCGGCUCAGUGGCAGAGCCGGCCUGUAAGAACAGUACAGUUUGCCGGGUGUCUGGUUCGGCUUCAGACAAGUUCGCUGCAUCGUUUGGCAUCAGGAGCGCCAUGACAAUGGACUUCAGACAUGAAGAGCAGGCCGUACUGAUGCAGUACGGUGGGGGAGAUCCCUGCCCGCCAGUGACAGGCGAGGGUGAGGUAUGUGUGUUCCCCUUCAUUCUCAUGAAGAGGUCGUACACAGAGUGCACCACAGACGAAAGGACAGACGGCAGAAAGUGGUGUGCCACCACCGCCAACUAUGACACGGACAGGAAGUGGGGCUUCUGCAGUGCAGCCACUGGUAAACGUCAGUCCUCCAUAAUGUUUACCUGCAACCAGUCUGCAGGCCAUGGUUCUCCACAGCUGCUCUCAGAGACGGCAGAUUGUUCAGCCACUUUCCAGUGGAAGACCAGUGCUGUUUGUCCCCCAAGGAAGAUGGAGUGUAAGCUGGUCAGCCAGCAUAAGACCUUCGACCUUCGAACCCUGUCCUCCCUCACUGAGCCGUGGAAGUUUAGCCACAAAGGAGAUUCGUAUUUCAUCAACCUGUGUCAGGGUAUCCACGGUGGAUUGCCAGGUUGUCCAGAAGGAGCAACUGUGUGUCGACGCUCAGCAGCAGGACAGACUCAGACCCUGGGACAAGUUUACACUCAGAAAAUGAGCUACACUGAUGGAAAGAUCUCUGUCAGGUAUUCGGAAGGAGAUGCUGUCUGUGGUAAUGGAGUGAAGGCGAAGACUGUGAUUCAGCUGAGCUGUGGCUCCACUGUUGGACGCCCAGCGCUCAUCAGUGUUGAUGAGGCAUCAUGCGAGUUUGUGAUUGGCUGGGAGACUCGGUUGGCGUGUGUGGUGAAGCAGCGCGAGGUGGAGCUGGUGAACGGGACGAUACAGGUUCCUGACACUGGAGUCAGCCUCAGCCUGGGAGUGCUCUACUUCAGCCACCAUCAGGCAUCUGGAGACAUCCGGCCCAACGGUGACCGCUACAUCUAUCACAUCCAGCUGUCGGGCAUCACCAACAACUCCCUGCCCAGCUGCCUCGGUGCCAACAUCUGCCAGGUGAAGCUCAACGGAUCCUACAGACGCAAGAUUGGUUUCUCCAGCAAAGCCACGUACUACAUCAGAGGAGGAAACCUGGAAGUGUCGGUGCCCUCUGAGUCAGAGUGUGGCCGAGAGAAAACCAAAACCGUGUCUUCCACCAUCACGUUCCACUGUAACCCCUCGGCAGGUGUCGGCAUCCCAGAGUUCGUGCUGGAGACGGACGGAUGCCAGUAUCUGUUUGUGUGGCACACAAACGCUGUGUGUGGUCUGACAACUGUUGAUACACAGUCAUACGACGACAGCAGCGACGCUUCAGCUCUUUCCAGGCGGAGCCAGGCGGCGGGAGUGGUGCUCAGCCUCCUGUUGGUGGGUCUGUCUGUCUGUCUGCUGGGAUUUUUGCUCCACAAGAGAGAGAGAAGGGAACUUGUGAUCCAGAAGGUUGCUGGCUGCUGCAGGAGAGGAAACCAGGUCUCCUAUAAAUAUUCCAAGGUCAACAUGGACGAAGAAGGGGGCGAGGAGGAGAUGGAGUGGCUGAUGGAGGAGCUCGAAGCCCCUCCCACAUCCUCUUCCUUGUCGUCCCACCGGGGCAGGAGUAACCAUGGCAACGGUCACAUCACGACCAAGCCUGUCAAUACAGACGGUCUGCGCUCGUUCACGCUGGACGACCAGGAAGACGACAGCGAGGACGAGGUGCUGAGCGUCCCGGGGGUGCAGGUGGUGAAAUCGUCCGGACUGUCGAGACACUCUGCGGCUCAUCGCAGUGCCUUCCUACAGGAGGAGAGCGACGAGGACCUGGUCGGCCUCCUAGACGAGUCAGACCGGAAGAGGAAGAGCAGCAAACCUCGCUCUUCAGGCCUUAACCACGGUAAUAACACGGCAGCCAAUAGGAAACUGGACGAGGAUGACAGUGACGAGGACCUCCUCAGGGUGUGAUGUCACUUCCUCCCUCCCACUCCCCCUCCUCCAUCCAAUCUGAACUCUUCUCUCUCAGUGAAUGUCUCCAUAAUAGCAACAACACCAGUGAAAUACCACCAACAUACUGACGGCAGAAACCUUUUUUUGGGGAUUUUUUUUUUUUUUUUUUUUUUGGUUGAACUGCACCUUUACUUGGCCUCAGACUCUAUCCAGUCCACUGUCUACACACUGUCGAUGUUAGCACACGGUAUCUUAUUUAUUGAUUAAUGAUUAUUUAAAGUCUUCUCUCAUGUUUUCUUUUAUAAUUCUGAAUUGAAAUAAUAACAGGCCAGUUGAGACUUUAGAAAUGAACCCCGGGGACACGGAGCAACAUCCUUCUCUCUCAGUGUAUUCUCUGACUCAGCUAAAUGAAAUCGAUCUUUUCAUGUAGUGUUUUGAAAUGAUGCUGUGCCAUUGCUUUAGCACUUUAUUGUAGCAUUGAUUAACUGAAAUUGAUGCAUUUCAUUGCAGACUGAGCGAACGUGCAUUUGAAACUAGUUUUGGGGUUGAUUCAUGCUUUGGUUUUUAACGUCCAUUGGCCCAUUAGGACUCUAUUAGAAAACUGUGGUGAAAUGUACAGUGAAAUAGCUCAACAGCGAAACAGUUAAGCAGGUUUUUGGCCAAAAUCAAUAGCUAUCAAAGGAAAUAAGAGGAUACUGGUUCAGUUCCCGGGACGUGGGCGGUGAUGGUGUCGGCUUGUGUUGUUUCUAAAGGGAAUGAUGACGCCCACCUUUUCUUGCUGUUUACAGUUGUUAUGAAAGCAGAUCUUUGCUCUUUCUUUCCCCUCGAAAAGAAAGCACGAUGCCUUCCUGAUGAUGAAUUUUACCUAGCAUAUUCAUCAAUGAAUCAUGUCCAGAGACAGACUGAUUUUUGUCUUGUUUUGAUCAGAGACAUUGUACAUAGAUGAUAAUGUUCUAUAAUAUGGACAUUUUGUUUGUUUGUUUGUUUGUUUGUUGUCUUCACCGGUGAAUUGCUCACACAUUUGUUUUUAUGAUUAUUUAAAUGGUUGUCUGAGCUGAUUAUCUGUACGUAUCUCUGUUCUGUGUGGAAAUAGAGAUGGCCUUAAGUGUGAAUGGACGGUCUGCGACGGCAGAGGUUGAAAGUGAAACCCGAGAUGUUAGUUUAGCUUGUGCUGGUUUUGAAGUCCCCCCUCCCGCUAAAGCCAUAUUUCUUCAGCCACCGUCGGCACUAAUGUAUAGAAGUUUGGGAAUUUUCUUCCGCUUGCACGCUCUUGUACAGUAAAGACUUCGGGUCUGUGAUGGUGGAAGCUGCUGUGUCAAAAGUAACUCAGUAAAGCCAAGUUUUUGUAGAGCUGAAAAAAAAAGCCCUUUUUAGCCAAAUGCAUGUGACGAUAAGACAAAAGAAAGAAAUGAAUUAUAAAUAUAUCAGGAGUCCAGGCAGUCGACUUGCAUUUAACAUAUUAGUGUCAAAAAGGAUGUGAGUAGUGGCAGAAGAGCCACGGCGCAGCUGUUCAGGUAAAGUUAGUGAUUUCAUUUCUUUCUAAGAUGAAAUCAGACUGACUGCAGUGUUCCCACGUGAGAGCGAUGAGUAAACCUACACAGAGUAUUAAGGUGCUGUCCCACUUGCAGCUUGUUUGCAUUUAUCUGCACCAAAGCAGUUGUUCUAAAUUGUGGUGUUUCAUUUGAUUAUUGAUUAUUUUUUUCAGUGACUCAAUUAUCUGUUUAGACUACAAAAUGUAGUAAUAGUGGAAAAGUGGCCGUAGUUCAAGGUAACAUUUUCAACUGUUUUCUAUCAACAUCGAUCAGAAAAAUCCAGAGAAAAGGAGCUGACUCAUUUUGAUAAUUAAUGGUAAUUUAGCAGCAAAAAUGCCAAAGUUCUGUGUUUUCAGAUUCUUAAAUGGGAGGAUUUGGUGCUUUUCUGUGUUAAAUAUCAUUGUAAAUUAAACAUGUUCAGACUUUGGAUCAAAACCAACAAUUAGAAAACAUCACGCUGAUCUCUGGGAGACUGUGUUUGGCAUUUUUCACUAUUUACUGACGUUUUCUAGCCUAAAUCGUCCAUCAGUUAAUUAAAAAAGUGGCCGAGGUGUCAUUCGUCUUUUACUGUCAGUAAACACUUGUUCUUAUUUUUAGGCGAUUUGGUUCAUUUGUUCUCUGAUGAAGCUGCACUUCUGAUGAAAUAUCUCAUUUUAGAUGUCAAACAAAAGGAAGUAAACAAUCCAGAGACUGGUAAAACCGCUUAAAUAUAAUUAUGAUGAAUGUACAACCUGGGGAGAGCACCCGUCAAUCCACAGACUGACAUUUACUAUCACAAAAAAUGACGCACUUACACAGACUCUGUGUGUUUAUUACAUGGUGAUCACAUGGUCUACGGUACGAAGGGUAGUGAGGGUCAGUUCACUCCUGCGUUUCCUCAGUAUUCAGUCCACAGAAACUAAAGUUAUUAACAGACGUGAGGUCAUUGCUAAAAUCUCGUUACCAAUCAACAGAGAAGGUUCACCAUUCAGGGUAUUUCUAAAGCUUUGUACACAAAUUUGUUAAAACAGGUUUUUGUAAGAUGCCACUUGUCCAAAACACAGACAAAACGACAAAAAAAAAAAUUCUUCAACUGGGAUUUGCAAUGUAAACAUCAGUAUUUUAUACGGAUUGGUUGGGUUGUGCCAUAAAAGUGAAAUCAAAUACGAAACAUCAUCAUAUUCUGGUCCCUCUGCUUCAGGUAUUCAGUGACUUGUUUUUCAUCGUCUCUGAGAUCACAAAUCGAACGUCAGCAAGGAUUUUAGCUUUGUUUUCUUCUUCUUCUAAAAUCUCAUUCAUCAUGUUACCUGUGAAUGACUGAAGAUCUUAGUAGAGAAACCGUGUGAUGGAGCUACUGAUCUGAUACUGUGACGUGUUUUACCCAAAGUGAAAGUUGAUUUGAGAGCACAGAGAAGGAGGCGAUAGCACAGAGUAAAAUAACUGCAGUCACAGAUGAGCUGCGGUGAAAUGUCAGCGGUCCAUCACUGGCGCUUGCAGACUUGACCGAUUUUCGUUUAUUCAGCAGGUGGAGUUUUGAAAAAGAACCUCAGCUGUGGUCGUCGUGUGGUGGUCGGUAAAUCUCUUUACUUCACAGUCUUGACCUGAUUGGAGGUUUGAACUGGAAUAAAAGCAUCUACCUGUGUUUGGCACUUUGUGACUCAUCUCUCCUGAGGAGAAGUAGUAGCACUCCUCACUACAGAGAAGCAGAUGGUACCGUUCAGUAUGUGAAGUCCUUUCCCAUCGUUGCAUUGAGUCUGUUUCUGCUGUAUUUAGCACCAAAGUUUGUGUGGCUCAUCUGCAUGUUACUGUACUGAAGCUUCUCUUUCCCAUGAAGAAAUGAAUGGACGUUCUUGUGCUUUUUUUUUUUUUAAUCGUCACUCGAGCAGAGAAGCGUUUUGGGUGUGAGAUUAACUUCAGAAGCCGACAAACAAGCUGGGAGAAUUCAGUGACUUAAAAAAAGCACAAGAAUUUUUCUGUUAUGAUUCGGUACUAUGGGAGAUCAUUAUUCUGUUUUACUUAGUGUACGUUGUCUGAUAUGUUUUUCAGCUCUUUGCCUGUUUUCCUAUUUAAAGAAAACAUUGAUGUAAAAAAUAUUGCAUUAUUUGAAUAAAUAAGAGAUACGCUGUU